UACGGUUGAUUUUUACCAAUCUUUAUCUUUCCCCUGUGUCGCGCUCACUUGUGUAAUGGUCUGGUCUGAGUAGGCUUGCGGAAGCGCCGCUGAAAUCCGGAAGUUUGGGCGGUGGUUGAACGCGGUGGAGGAUUCAGCAGUCGAUCUCGGUUGUUAGCUAAAGCGAAACUCAGCCAAAAUGUCGAGCAAAUAUCGCGCCAAGGGAAAGGCCCCCAAGAAGCGCCCUCAGCGCGCGACUUCCAACGUCUUUGCUAUGUUUGACCAGUCACAGAUUCAGGAAUUUAAAGAAGCGUUCAACAUGAUUGACCAGAAUCGUGAUGGUUUUGUAGAUAAGGAGGAUCUGCACGACAUGCUGGCGUCUCUCGGAAAGAACCCAGCAGAUGAUUAUUUGGAGGCGAUGAUGACAGAAGCUCCUGGGCCGAUAAACUUCACCAUGUUUCUCACUAUGUUUGGAGAGAAGCUCAAUGGUACAGACCCGGAGGAAGUCAUUCGUAAUGCUUUUGCUUGCUUCGACGAGGAAGGAACAGGCUUCAUUCAGGAGGACUACUUGCGAGAGCUUCUGACCACUAUGGGCGAUCGCUUCACAGAGGAAGAAGUCGAUGAGCUCUUCAGAGAAGCACCCAUCGAUAAAAAGAGCAACUUCAACUAUGUGGAGUUCACCCGUAUUCUCAAACAUGGAGCCAAAGACAAGGAUGAUUAAACGGAGAACAAGUCCCCGUCUCUUCCUUUUAAAAUCCCCUUUUAGGCUAGAGGAAUUCUGUGCUGUCCCAUGGGAACCUGACCUGAGCUCUAUUAUUGCAUGUAUGUGUAUGUGACAAUUAAAAGUGCACUCUGUAAAAAUCUCUUUAGAGUAAGACCUGAUAUAUGGAUGGGUUAUGAUGUAGUCUCACUAAAAAUGUUGUCACCCUAUUACUAAAAUCAAAAACACGUGACCGCGCAUGAUAACGUUAUUCUGUUUGUGCUGUUUGAAUUUGGUUCGUGCAACGUUGAGUUUUCAGUGUUUAUUAUUUCUUCAUAUAUGCCAAUUUUAACCAAUUACACAAUUACACUACGUUUUAUGCUUCAUAGGUGAUGGUAUUUCUAGGUUUAUGGGUCUGAGCGAUCAUAACUUUUUCAUAUAUUUUGUCCAUGUCUAGACUUUUUAUAAUGGAGUGGUACUUCUAGUUUAAAGUUAGUCGGUAAGAACAAUCUCAAACCUCUAAGACAGAGUCUCAUUUCUCUUUGUUAAAACUGGAAAAAUAAAACAAAUGUGAAAGUGUUACGUUUUAGCUGCAUUUGAGCUUUUCAUGGCCUGAGCUAACUGUAUUUUUACAUUUUAUAAUAUAAAAUAUUUUGAAUAAAUGACUCUUAAAUCGAUGUUUAUUGUGGGGUUUCACUUUUGGAUGUUGUUAAUCUUGAUCAAAAUGACCUUUGAUUUGAUAUCACCAUGUUUAAUGUUUGCUGGAAGAUGCAACUGAACUUUGAGUUACUGUGAUUACACCUGGUAAAAAGUCACACCUUAAGAGGGAAUGUUAAUGCAGCGAAAGGCAACGCCGUUUACGCCCGAUUGAAAAACUCAAAACUGGCAACACUUGUUCAGUCAGAUGUUUAACAUGCAUGCUUUCAAUGCUGAUACGAAUGGUUGAUGUUGUGACCCCUGAGUGAACACCUGUACUAUAAAGGCUAAAUAAACUUGCAUCAUG